GGCGGAGGGGCCGCCAUCGCGUGUGCAACGGGCGAGCAGCAUCCGGAGACGCCUGGCCCGAGCUUUGCGCUACUCUGCUGCACAACAGAAGGAACAAUCACAGUAUUUCUCAACCUAGCCUGUUUUGUCGAUUCUUCUUCCUCUCCAGUCUGCUUCUGUUAUUCCAAAUUUUGGGAGUCUGCCGACAACUAGGAUUUGCAUCAAGAUUGCGAUUUGAAGUGGAGAAUUCAUAGAACUUCCACAAUGGCAGAAAGGACAGAUAAUACAAAAUCCCAAAUUUCACUGACUGAAUACAGCCCCGUCAAUAAAUCAGAAAGGACAGACCCAAGUGGAACACGAGAUGGAGACGAAAAUGCAUUGCAACUGAAGAAAGAAAUAUCUUUGAUAAAUGGGAUAAGCCUUAUAGUAGGCAACAUGAUUGGUUCAGGUAUCUUUGUCUCUCCCAAAGGAGUUCUCAUGUACAGCAAAUCCUAUGGAUUGUCUUUAAUAGUUUGGGCAGUUGGAGGAAUUUUCUCCGUCUUUGGAGCUCUCUGCUAUGCUGAACUUGGAACGACUAUUACAAAGUCAGGAGCCAGCUAUGCAUAUAUCUUGGAGUCUUUUGGGGGCUUCAUUGCUUUUAUUCGUUUGUGGACCUCGCUCYUAAUUGUUGAGCCGACUAGUCAGGCAAUUAUUGCCAUCACCUUUGCUAAUUACAUUGUUCAGCCUUUCUUCCCUUCCUGUGACCCUCCGUAUUUGGCUUGCCGCCUCAUAGCAGCUGCUUGUGAAUGUCUUUUAACAUUUAUAAAUUGUGCCUAUGUUAAAUGGGGCACACGUGUACAGGAUAUAUUUACUUACGCUAAAGUUACUGCUCUUAUUGUCAUCAUUAUCACCGGACUUGUUAAAAUAUGCCAGGGAUAUGUGUCACACUUUGAGAACUCUUUUGCGGGAUCUUCUUCUGAUGUUGGAGACAUCUCCCUUGCACUAUAUUCUGCCUUGUUUUCUUACUCUGGCUGGGAUACACUCAAUUAUGUAACAGAAGAAAUCAAAAAYCCAGAAAGGAAUUUACCACUGGCUAUUGCAGUAUCUAUGCCUAUUGUGACUAUUAUCUAUAUUAUGACCAACAUAGCUUACUAUACAGUGUUGGAUGCUCAAGCUGUUCUCUUUAGUGAUGCUGUAGCAGUGACAUUUGCUGACCAGGUAUUUGGUGUCCUCAGCUGGACAAUUCCCAUUGCUGUCGCCUUUUCUUGUUUUGGUGGACUUAAUGCCUCAAUUUUAGCAUCAUCAAGGCUGUUUUUUGUCGGAUCUCGGGAAGGUCACCUUCCUGAUCUGCUGUCGAUGAUCCACAUAAAGAGGUUCACACCUGUGCCAGCACUGCUCUUCAAUUGUUUUAUGACCCUUAUUUACCUCGCCGUGGAAGAUGUCUUCCAGCUUAUUAAUUACUUUAGCUUCAGUUACUGGUUUUUUGUUGGUCUGUCUAUUGCUGGGCAGUUGUAUCUACGGUGGAAAGAACCAGAUCGGCCCAGACCUCUUAAGCUGAGUCUGGCUUUCCCAAUAAUAUUCUGUAUAUGCACAGUAUUUCUGGUGGUAGUGCCACUCAUUACUGACUUUGUAAAUUCAAUGAUUGGAGUUGCCAUUGCUUUAUCUGGAAUUCCAUUCUAUUUCUUGGGAGUCUAUUUACCUGCAUCAAGRAGACCUCAAUUUAUUAACAAGAUUAUGGGUGUCAUCACACGAAACAUGCAGCUGCUCUGUUACUGUGUUUUAACAGAGAUGGACCCAAAUGAAGAAAUUAAUUUAGAAAUCAAAUCCAACUAAAGUUUAAAGCUAUUACAAGAAGCAGGAGGGAGGACAAAGCAAUUACAAAACCAAAAGAAAAGAAAAGAGGUAGAACUGGAAGACACAGGAAAACUCUUUUCGAUGGUCUUCCAGAAAUGCUGAAAAUGUUCUUCCUUGCAGAUGGAUUCCAACAUAGAUCGUGUCCUUGGGUCAUGCCCCUAAACUGUGGCAUGUUUUCAUUGGAUAAUGAUUACCUACUCAUUACCUACUCACACAAGCUGUGUGUCAAUACUGUUUCUUCUUCAGAAUUGGUAUGAAAAUGAUAAGAGCUAACAGAUCAAAUUAGAUUUUUGCAGAACCAGAUGGUAAAGUAAUGCAUUAUUAAGUUAGACUAAAACCCACUUUGACUCCAAAGACCAAGUCACUUCCAGCUUAAUUCUGAUGGAUGUUUGCAUGAAAUGAUUUGCUGUGCUAUCUCAGUUCUGCACUCAGUUCUUAUCCCAGAAGACAACUGSUCACAAAAAACGACCUAAUUUAUCAUUAGGAGCAGAAAAACUAAUGAAGUUCUCCAUUAUUUAAAGACUGAACCAACCUUUCCCCUUUGAGGAUUUUAUUCUGUAUGGUACAUAGAAAUGUUUCUGACUGUAGCUAGGAUCUAAUCAGCAAAACACCUGGUCACUAAAGAUUUGAUUUAUAGUUGAUGAUUUUUUUUUCUUGUUAACUUGUUAGUACUUUGCCAAUUUCUGCUAGGUUUUAUAAAAUUUCCAAAAUUAAAAUGUUCAGUUUGAAGCCUGUAAUCAUUUAUUUUUGAACUGUUUCAGUGAACACACCUUAGCCCGAGUUAGCUCAGCAGUCAGAAAAUUCCCUUUGUAAAUUUCAGUACUGUUCACUAGAAAAUAACCAUCCAAAACCUCACAGAAAUCCCUGUGGCAGCAGCUUGAAAGCUGACUAGCAGGAAGAAAAGCUAG